GUGGGAUGGAUGUCGAUAACAUCACACGCUCCUCAGCUGACAUCGCUCCAACAACCCACAGCAGCUGUGAUGUGUUUGUGUACCAGAGUGCAGCAACGUUCCUCUUCCCCAUUUUCUACUCUGCAGUCUUCAUCAUCAGCGUUUGUGGCAACAGUUUGGUUCUUUAUGUGAUCUGCCAGAGGAAGCAAAAGUUCAAUUCCACGUCCAUCUACCUGGUCAACCUGGCGCUGUCCGACACCCUAUUUACGCUGGCUCUGCCGGGUCGGAUUACCUACUACAUCCGCCACUUUGACUGGCCCUUCGGUGACCUCCUCUGCCGACUCACCACCCUGCUGUUUGCAAACACAUAUGCAGGCAUUGCCUUCAUGACCUGUAUCAGUUUGGACCGAUACCUGGCCAUGGUGCACCCGGACCGGCUGCAGUGCUUGCGGACUGUGAAGGUGGUGCGUUGGGUCUGCUGUGUGGUCUGGGCUAUGGUUUCCCUGCAGAUUGCUCCUCUGAUGUUCAGGAGCAUGCUGCACGAGCACCAGCAUAGACGCACCUGCAUGGAGUACUUCAACUUUGAGGGUUCCUCUUCCACACCUUACGUCCUGCUCGUGGGAUGCAUCUUCUCCUUCUGCUGUCCGCUCGCCAUCAUCCUGGGCUGCUACGCCAAAAUCAACCUGAAGUUGCGUGCUGCAGCCAAGCCGAAUUCUCUGACCGGCCGUUCGAGGAGGGGCCACAGGGCCAACACCAUCAUCCUCCUCAUCCUCCUCACCUUCAUCACGUGCUUCAGCCCUUAUCACCUCAACGUCAUGCAGUUUAUGUCCAGAAAGAUGCACCACCAGCCGAGCUGUCAGGAACUCAGGGCCUUUAAGGUGUCCUUACAGAUUACUGUUUCACUAAUGAACUUCAACUGCUGCCUGGAUCCGGUCAUCUACUUCUUUGCCAUUAAGAGCUACAAGAAGCGAGUGAAGAGUCUGUUUAAGGACCAUCUGUUCACCUCUGGUGUUUCGUCCAAAAUGACAACUGAGAACAGCAGCAGCAACACCUGA